UAUGCGCGAAGUAUGAACAGAGGAGGAAAGAAUGGGGUGCGUCCCCGCAGCACAUGCCAGCACACCCCUGUGCACCCAUGCAUAUAAACCAAUGGGGCUUGAAUAUAAGCGAAACUAUGGAACAGAUCCCCCACGAAAAAGGAGGGGCAACUGUAUAUUUAUGUGUAUGUUGAAUCCAAAUAUUAACCAUGUCUCUCAGAUAUGGGAUGGAGUUUCUUGGGAAAGAGCGUGGAAAGCUGGCUGGCUAGGUGGUAUUGAGAACAGGAGGACAGGAGGUGUUGAAUGUGCUACAACACUAUAGGUUUUACUUUCAGUUUCCCUCAUUUUCUUCCCUGUUUCUUUUAAGCACUCCUUACAAAAUGGAGGAAGAGCCUUUGAUAGAGGCCACUGAUAGUAUAGAGGUGCAACGCCAGCAUUUCAGGUGUUUCUGCUAUAGGGAGGCCGAAGGGCCCAAUGGCAAUUGUACCCAACUCUGGAAGCUUUGUCACCAGUGGCUGCAACCAGAGAAGCACACCAAAGAGCAGAUUGUGGAGCUGGUGAUCCUGGAGCAAUUCCUGGCCAUCCUGCCCUCAGAGAUGCAAAGCUGGGUCAGGGGAUUUAGGCCAGGGAUGUGUGGUCAAGCAGUGGCCCUGGCAGAGGAGUUCCUCCUUCGGGAGCAGGAGAUUAAUCUGCAGGAAGAGCAGGUGCAAGCAUCACCAUUUGUGGAGAUGGAAGGGAAUGUCUCCAGAGCUGUUCAGACUUUGUAUGGUGCUGGACAACUCUGCAGGGAGGUCAAACAGGAAGAUGAAGAUGAGGCCAACCUCGCAGGAGGGCAAAGACUAGUGAGCGAAAACCAGGGGAAGUCCCCAAACAUGUAUGGUGUAAAAACGGAGUGUGAUGAGCUAGUAGACGAGGAUGUUGAGUCUCCAAAGAGGAUGAAGGAAACCGUAAUGGGAUGCUGGAGGAAUCAGUUCACUGGCAGUCAGAGAGAAGACUUUGAGGAAAUUACAAUCCAAGAACAGACUUUCAGAGAAGAGGAAAGGAAUCCUUGCUUCAAACCUUUUAUUAGCCACCCAAGACCUGUGGACACAUUUGGGUUCCCAGAUGAUGGGGAAAGUUUUGAUUAUGCAGAUUUGAAACCGACUGUGCAUCCAAAAAUCCACACAGAGAAAUCAUAUCAUUGUCUGUCGUGUGGGGAAUGUUUUAGCCAGAGCUCACACCUUACAAGCCAUCAGCUGUGCCAUGUAAGAGAGGAGCCAUAUUGGGAUGGAGACAUUGGGCAAAGUGCUCACCUUCUCACACAUCAGAGGUUUCAUGCAGGAAAGAUUAUGUGUAAAAAGUCAAGCAGUGUGGAAAGCCUUCAACAGAAGCACACUAGAGUUAGGAACCAGUGCACAACCAAGAACCUCCACCACUGUGCAGAGAGCGGGAAGAGCUUGCAGUGUCAGUCACAUCUGAUCGGGCAUUGGAGAGUCCACACUGGGGAAAACCGUAUAAGUGCUCAGAGUGUGGGAAAAGUUUCAGCCAGUGCUGUCACUUUCACAAUCAUUGGAAACUCCACACAGGUGAGAAUCCGAACCAAUGCCUGAUCUGCAAGAAGAGUUUCAGCUAUAUGUCACAGUUCAGGAUACACCAGAGGUCUCACACAGGAGAAAAAACAUAUCACUGCCCAUGUUGUGCUCAGUGUUUCUGUCAGAGAACACACCUCCUUUGGCAUCAGAAGAAGACUCAUGGGAACGGAGAGACGUGUCCAUACUGAGAGAAGAGGACAGGCAUGGCCCUUCUUGAAGAAAUGUUAUUCCAAGAGAGGCAGAAGCUCUCCUUAUAGAACAGAAAGGGGGGGGGCUAUCUGGUCCAUACCUAUUUUUGUUACGUUACAUUCUGUAUUACAGUUGUCUCUCAGUGCAUCUUCACUGUAGAAAUAAUGCAAUUUGAUACCACUUUAACUGCCAUGGCUGCAUCCUAUAGAAUCUGGGGCUUUGUAGCCUGGUGAGGCACCAAAGACAAGGCUA